UGAGAGGGCAGAGCUCGUCUGAUCCAGGUGUGGAGGCGCAGGGACUCCCGCCGCCGGGAGCACGCCCAUGGGCAGCUUUUGGGGGCUGGGAAGACGGUGGGCAGGCAGCUACAUCCGGGCCGUUGUCGACUCCCUGCGCAAAGCUCACAGUAAUUCUCCAACUUCUGUUCGCAGAGAAUCCGUGUUUCCCACAAAGUGAUAGAAAAGAGGAGGAGGGACCGGAUUAACCGCUGUUUGAACGAGCUGGGCAAGACAGUGCCCAUGGCCCUGGCAAAGCAGAGUUCCGGGAAGCUGGAGAAGGCGGAGAUCCUGGAGAUGACCGUUCAGUACCUGAGGGCGCUGCACUCCGCUGAUUUUCCCCGGGGAAGGGAAAAAGAAUUGUUAGCGGAGUUUGCCAACUACUUCCACUACGGCUACCACGAGUGCAUGAAGAACCUGGUGCACUACCUCACCACCGUGGAGCGGAUGGAGACCAAGGACACCAAGUACGCGCGCAUCCUCGCCUUCUUGCAAUCCAAGGCCCGCUUGGGCGCCGAGCCCGCCUUCCAGCCCCUGGGGUCAUUAUCGGAGCCAGAUUUCUCCUAUCAGCUGCACCCAGCGGGUCCCGAGUUCGGGGGCCACAGCCCGGGCGAGGCCUCCGUGUUCCCGCAGGGUGCAGCCACCGGACCCUUCCCCUGGUCGCAGGGCACGGCCCGCAGCCCCGGGCUGCCUUACCUGCCCAGCACGCCCUUGCCGCUCCCGAGCCCCACCGCGCAGCAGCACAGCUCCUUCCUAGGGCCAGUGCAGGGCCUGGACCGGCACUAUCUCAACCUGAUUGGCCACGCCCACCCCAGCGGCCUCAACCUGCACGCGCCCCAGCACCCGCAGGUGCUCUGACACCUGCCCACCCGCCAGAUUGCUCUGGGCCUCGGGCACUGCUUAGGAGAGAUACUGUAUAUUGUACAGGUGUAAAUAUUGUGCCACGAAUAGCUGGAUCUGGGAAGGCCAAGAGCAUAUUAGCCUUCUGAAGGACCUCCUCCUGGCAAUAAAUGUUUUCUGUUAAAGA